AUGGAUAUCCAGAACAGCGGCGGCCACAGCGCGCAUGCGCCGACGCCAGAGCAGAAGGAAAUCGACAGAGUGCUGUACCUGCGCCGCAUUUCGCAGGCCAGAUCGUGCUAUCCGUGCCGCCAGCGCAAGGUGAAAUGCGACCACGGCCAGCCGUGCCGGACGUGCCAGAAGCGAGGCCAUCCCGAGAUAUGCUCGUACACCGUGGGCACGCCCGAGAAGAGGCGCGGGAGGCGCGCGAAAAGGGCCACCGCAGACGGCGCAACGCCUCAGGGCGCUUCUGCUUCUGCUUCUGCAAACAGGGCAGAGUCUGAGCAGCACCAGGGAAAGGAGCGACCAUCGCGGGACGACAGUCCCCAGUCCGAGGUCUCAUCGAAUCAGACGACGCCGGCGGCUCCUCUGGCUACGGCAACUGAGCUGGCUUCAACAGUGGCCGCGGCGCCGUGCUCUCGUGCACCGCAGGCAAACUGCUAUCGGACUAUGAGACGGGAGCAUUAUCAAGGGGACAGUUCUGUUCUUGCAAUGUUACAUGGCUCGGCCGAUUCGCCCGCUGUGGAGAUGAGAAGGAAGGCCGGGCCCGUUCUUGGCUUACACAACACGCUGGAGUUUUAUCCCUUUAUGAAGCUCAAGACGAUACAGGAACGCUGGGCUGCGCUGUUGAAGCUCAUUCCGCAGAAACAGGAAGUUUUGAGAUAUUUCCCCUCGCAUGGCGCCACAAUUUAUCCUCUGAAUCCUGUUUUGAUAGAUCCUGAUGACUUGGAGUCUGCCUAUUGCGAUUACCUGUCGGCCUUGGAGGCCGGUGAGCUCAAGGACCCCAAUGUCUUUUCUCCUAAAUGGGUCUGCAAGGCGUACAUCUCACGGAUUGCUCUACUGCUGGCUGCACUUGCCACCAGCGCUCACUAUUCGGUAAUGCAGUCUCCGAGGAGGCGUUCUGAGCAUUGCCGAGAUUACAUACAACGCGCAUUUGAUUGUCUACGUCUUGCCAAUUAUGUCUUGCAUCCAUCACUAGAUGUGGUUCAGACCCUGCUCAUUAUUGGCACUGUUCUACAAGAUGUUGGACAGUCAGACGGCGCUUGGGUCAUGUUGGGCACCACAGUUCGGGUAGCGCAGGCUCUGGGGCUGCACACUCUGACGGAAGCUCAGCUUCAAGAAGAUAAAGGGAAGAAGAAACAGGCUCUUUGGGAUAUGAUAUGUAAGCAGGACUGUUUGCUCAGUCUGUGCCAUGGCCGGCCACACAUUGCGACUAGGCAAUCUUUGGCAACGAAUAAUCUGCUCUACCGUUCCGACGACGCAUUGGGCUUCUCGGAUAUGAUGUGCGGCAUUGUUUCUGUGUGCAUGGGCCUCCUGAACUUGGAACAGCCAAGCUGCGAAGCGUCGUUGAAGCUGCUGACCGAACUGGACGGAUAUCAAUCCCGAGCCUUGCCUUAUCUGGAGGACCGAAACAGCUGCAGAAAUAUCCAGCAGCGGUACGAAAACCUCACUAUACAAAUUCAGCUCUCAUUCACAGCAUCAGUCAUUGCUCGGCCAGCAUUGACCAGGACUGUGGCGACAACCAACGAAGAGAUUAACAAUUUGCAAAUUCUCAAGCGCCGAGCCAAGGAAAGCUUGAUGAGCACGGCAAAGUCAUUUAUCGAGUUUCAGUCACUAAGCAUCAUACCCAUCCGCACAUGGUCUUUGAUCCACGCGGUCCUGAGUGCGACGAUUAUGCUUUGUUUGUGGGAAGAGACGCGAAACGAUACAGAGAGUCGAGAUGUGAUGCAGCGCGUGAUGGAAAUCUUUUCGCGAGCAGCCCAGGCGGACGACGAGACCGGCAUGAUGUCAGACAACAACCCUUGGCUAUCUAUGAGCCAUACGCGAGCACUGGUGGCACUUCAGAGCGCCCUCCAAAACGCCCCUGCCUUGACCAGCCCUGCAGCAACAACAUCAACACCGUCAUCGCUGCCCGAACAACAUCUAGCGGAGAAGAUGCCACCCCAGCAUUAUGCCUUGCCGAGAAUGCAAGAUGCAGGAGCUCCUCCGCUAGAUCCGACCAUGGAUGGCCCGAUGAGCUAUAAUUUUACGUCGAUGCUGAUUGACGGGUUUGUUCACUUUUGGCAUGGGUUUAGGAUGGAUCUGGACUGA